GUCCUCUCUCCGGAGCUCCCUCCCCCCGUGCGUCCGCUUCGGAGCCGGAUGUUGGCGGAGCUUUGACAGGAGGAGGCGGCGGCAGAGGCAGCUUCGGCAGCGGCGGCUCUGCAGGGCACGACCAAGCGCAGCAUGGCCAUGGAUCCUCUCUCCGAUCUGCAGGAUGACCUAGCCUUUGACAACACCAACCAGGCCCUGAACCAGCUGAAGCUGGCUUCCAUUGAUGAUAAAAACUGGCCGUCUGAUGAAAUGCCUGACUUUCCCAAAUCCGAUGACUCCAAGAGCAGCUCCCCGGAUCCUGUCACACACCUGAAAUGGGACGACCCUUACUAUGACAUAGCCCGACACCAGAUUGUGGAAGUGGCAGGAGAUGACAAAUAUGGGCGGAAGAUCAUCGUAUUCAGUGCCUGUAGGAUGCCUCCAAGCCACCAGCUGGAUCAUGUUAAACUCCUGGAGUACCUGAAGCACACCUUGGAUCAGUAUGUGGAGAGUGACUACACCCUGUUGUACCUGCACCACGGCCUGACCAGUGAGAAUAAGCCCUCCCUCAGCUGGCUCCGGGAUGCUUACCGGGAGUUUGACCGCAAGUACAAGAAGAACAUUAAAGCCCUGUACAUUGUGCACCCCACCAUGUUCAUCAAGACGCUGCUGAUCCUCUUCAGACCCCUCAUUAGCUUCAAGUUCGGCAGGAAGAUUUUCUAUGUGAACUACCUGAGUGAGCUGAGUGAGCACGUCAAGUUGGAGCAGCUGGGCAUCCCCCGCCAAGUGCUCAAGUAUGACGACUUCCUCAAAUCCACCCAGAAAACCCCGGCCACAGCUCCCAAGCCCAUGCCCCCUCGGCCCCCGCUACCCAACCAGCAGUUUGGGGUCUCGUUGCAGCACCUCCAGGAGAAGAGCGCUGAGCCUGAACACCUGCCCCUUGUCCUCAGAGAGACUGUUGCCUACCUGCAAGCCCAUGCUCUUACCACAGAGGGGAUUUUCCGAAGAUCAGCCAACACUCAGGUUGUGCGGGAGGUGCAGCAGAAGUACAACAUGGGGCUGCCGGUAAACUUUGAGCAGUAUGACGAUGUGCACCUCCCAGCGGUCAUCCUGAAAACCUUCCUUCGGGAGCUGCCUGAGCCGUUGCUCACUUUUGACCUCUACCCCCACGUUGUGGGCUUCCUCAAUAUUGACGAGGACCAGAGAGUGGCAGUGACCCUCCAAGUCCUGCAGACCCUGCCUGAGGAAAACUACCAGGUGCUGCGCUUCCUAACAGCCUUCCUGGCCCAGAUCUCCGGCCAUAGCGACCACAACAAGAUGACCAACACUAACCUGGCUGUGGUCUUCGGGCCCAACUUGCUGUGGGCUAAGGAUGCUGCCAUCACUCUCAAAGCCAUCAAUCCCAUCAACACCUUCACCAAGUUCCUGCUGGAUCACCAAGCAGAGCUGUUCCCCACUUCAGAGGGGCCCUGAGUGCCCCUCGUUUCCAUCCCACCCCCUCCUCCCCCUCUUCUCCGGCAGCCACCGUCCAUUCCCUUGGCCUCGUCCCAGUGGAUUCCCCAUGCAGGAAUAAGCCUCGGGGUCCUGAGAGGUGCCAGUGCUCGGGAGGGAGAGCCCUCCUCUGUGAUGGGUACAGAGUUCCCAGCCAGGGAAACCCUUCUGUUGUGCGCCCACAGCCUCGCCCAGGCCCCCCACCCCACUGAGGCUCCAGAGGCCUCUCUUUUUCAACAUUCCUUCUCUCAGCAGCCUUAUACUCCUACACUGUCUCUAUGGUGCCCAGGAUGCUGGAGGUUUCCCUGAUGCCGAAAUCUGGCUUUCAAGAUGGGGAAAGGGGCAUCCCUGACAAGCUGUUUUCCCCUUGCCCUCCCUGUUGCCCUGGUACCUGCAGAUGACUGCCCACGGGGCUGGUGGCUCUGGGGCCGGUUGUCGCCUCCAUGGUUUGUGUUCAGUGUGACCAGGAGAGUGUCCCGAUUCCCAGAAAACGUUCCGGGCCAGGCUAAGGCCAUACCCCCCCACAGUGGGGGUCCCUUGGUUUGGGGACCAGUUUCAGUGACAUUGGCCCUGCCAGGUAGCACCUGGCUCUACACCCCUUUCCACCUCCUAGAUUCCCAUUGUCUGCUGACCGGUCAGAGGACUCCGGAUUGGAUGGUGGCGUUGGAAGAGGGGAAGCCCCUUCAUGGUCUUGGUUUCUGGUACUGGGGACUCAGAAGCCCCUCCCUCCACUCCAGAGUCGUAGAGUAUCUCCCUGAGGUUUGGUCAGUGACAGGUUUGUCCACGUUCCUUAGGUGCCUCCAUCCACUCCUUCCCAGCCUUAGACGAGAUUCCUGAAACCUCAGGGCUUGUGUGGACUCUGUUGUGUCAAACCCGGGGUGCCAGUCACCUUGGACCUUAACAUUUUUUUUUUUUUUUGCCAAGUUAGCCCCUUGGGAGCAGGGCACUGGAAUCAGAGCACCGUUUGUUGCUCCGUGUUCUAGGGGCUUCCUGAAGGUUGGGUUUGAAGGGCCUCUUGUAGCUGUGCCUUGAGGGUAGAGGUGGCUUUGAUUGAUUGGCCUUUGGACCUUCAGGCCUGUCUCCAGGCUCCUGCAGGCCAUGGGGCUCUUCUCAGUAUGUUCCUGUCAGAUGAGUCCAUGAUAACUCCAUGCAGCCCUACAGACCCAGGCAGCCUAGAGCCAACCACCCGCUGUCCUUGAGAACCUUCUAUAAUGCCAUUUAAAAAAUGUCCCUUAUGACCUGUCCCACUAGUAUGUGUCCAGAGCUGAUCUGCCCCUUUUCCUCUUUUGUCCCCUCCCCCCUCAGCCCUGGGGGAGCUCCCAUUCCUUGUUCCUCUGCCCCCACAUCCCUGGGCAGGAGCAGAUCUGCCUGGAGCUCAGCAUCUUCGUGGCCUUUGCUGACCUCUUGCUCUCUUUUCUGACCUGAUUAAGCCAGCCCUUCCUGCCCACUGUCUGGGGGACUGAGGCUGUGCACUGGCCUGACUGAGCUCUUUCCUCUUGAGGUUACAGGUACUAGUGAGGCCCUGGAAGCUGUCCCCUGUCCCUAUCUGCCCCUUCUGCUUUCGGUCCUCAUGUGUGUACUGCAUUUGCCUGCGGCCUCUCCCCCCAACUCCCUGCCUUUUAUGGGGAGGUUUUUUGAGCUGUCUCGUCCCUUUCCUCCUAGCGGCCUUUCCCACUGGUCUGCCUCUGGGAGGGCUCGACUGUGAAAUGAGUUCACAUUCACACUUAUCGACUUCCUCUGCACCAAUCGUGUAUUUCACCAUUUGCACUUUUUGUAUUUCAAUAAAAAUAGAGAUCAAAAAAUA